UGAUGGAAUUGUAAGGCAUUAGGUUAGGUAUAUCCUCACAUUCUGCACCUUUCUAUGGAAACAUCAGGAAAUAUCAAGUGACUGUGUGUAAUUCGACUUGCUGAUAUACUAUGACGUCAUGAGUCUUAAAAAUACAAGAAAACUUUUCGAAAGUAUAACGCCUUGUGGUUCUGUGACGUUUAUGGAUGUCUAAGACGAUUUCGGCUCCUUUUGUUUUUCCGUGCUCCGCGUGGUGCACAGCAUUGCGUGCGGCGGGGUUGGUGCGAUGUCGGGAAUUCAUGAGCAUAUUUUGUAAUAUAUAAUAGGGUAUUGUUUUCUGAAUUUCGAAUGUGGUGAUAAGAUCGUCCCACUUCAACCUUAUUUUGUAUUUGUCGCCAAACGUGCUGAUCAGUUUCUGAAACAGAAAGCUUUUUUUAACUGCGAUUCAAAAAUGUCGUCCAAACAAAAAAGAAAGCUAGAUAUUGACGAACCUGUCUCCAGCAAAAUGAAACGAGAGGACAAACGGCCAAAGGACAAUGACGACAGUCGGGAGGGGCGGGACGCGGCCGGCGGCGGCGACUCGUCGCGCCACGAGGAGCCGCCGCGCACCAUGCCGGCCAUGCAGACCAACCCGCUGACGGGCCUGCCGUACACCAGCCGCUACUACCAGCUGUUCAGGAAGCGCAUCGGCCUGCCCGUGUUCGAAUACAAGGAGAAGUUCUUGGAGCUGAUGGACAACCACCAGAAGAUCGUGCUGGUCGGAGAGACCGGCUCCGGGAAAACCACGCAGAUCCCCCAGUGGUGCGUGCACUGGGCGCGCGCCAAGGGCAAGAAGGGCGUGGCGUGCACGCAGCCGCGGCGGGUGGCAGCCAUGUCGGUGGCACAGCGCGUCUCCGAGGAGAUGGACGUGGCCAUCGGCCAGGAGGUGGGAUACAGCAUCCGGUUCGAGGACUGCUCCUGCCCCAAGACGCUGCUCAAGUACAUGACGGACGGUAUGCUGCUGCGAGAGGCCAUGUCGGACCCCAUGCUGGAGAACUACCAGGUUCUGCUCCUGGACGAGGCCCACGAGCGCACGCUGGCCACCGAUAUCCUGAUGGGCGUCAUCAAGGAGGUGGUCAAGCAGCGGCCCGACCUCAAGAUCGUCAUCAUGUCGGCCACGCUGGACGCCGGCAAGUUCCAGCAGUACUUUGACGGCGCGCCGCUGAUGAACGUUCCCGGCCGCACGCACCCGGUCGAGAUUUUCUACACUCCCGAGCCGGAGCGCGACUACCUGGAGGCGGCCAUCCGCACCGUGGUGCAGAUCCACAUGUGCGAGGAGGUCGAGGGCGACAUGCUGCUCUUCCUCACCGGUCAGGAGGAGAUCGAGGAGGCCUGUAAGCGGCUGAAGCGGGAGAUUGACAACGUGGGCCCCGAGAUCGGCGAGCUGAAGUGCAUCCCGCUGUACUCGACGCUGCCGCCGGCGCUGCAGCAGCGCAUCUUCGAGCCGGCGCCGGCCAACCGGCCCAACGGCGCCGUCGGACGCAAGGUGGUGGUAUCGACAAACAUCGCCGAGACGUCUCUAACCAUCGACGGCGUGGUGUUCGUGAUCGACCCGGGCUUCUCCAAGCAGAAGGUCUACAACCCGCGCAUCCGCGUGGAGUCGCUGCUCGUCUCACCCAUCAGCAAGGCGUCGGCGCAGCAGCGCGCCGGCCGCGCCGGCCGCACCAAGCCCGGAAAGUGCUUCCGGCUGUACACGGAGAAGGCGUUCAAGUCUGAGAUGCAGGACAACACGUACCCGGAGAUCCUGCGCUCCAACCUGGGCACCGUGGUGCUGCAGCUGAAGAAGCUCGGCAUCGACGACCUGGUGCACUUUGACUUCAUGGACCCGCCGGCGCCGGAGACGCUGAUGCGCGCGCUGGAGCUGCUCAACUACCUGUCGGCUCUGGACGACUCGGGCAACCUGACCGACCUGGGCGCCAUCAUGGCCGAGUUCCCGCUGGACCCGCAGCUGGCCAAGAUGCUGAUCGCCUCCACCGAGUACAACUGCAGCAACGAGAUACUCAGCAUCACGGCCAUGCUGUCAGUUCCACAGUGUUUCGUGCGGCCAAACGACGCGCGAAAGGCCGCCGAUGAGUCCAAGAUGCGGUUCGCGCACAUAGACGGCGACCACCUGACGCUGCUCAACGUGUACCACGCCUUCAAACAGAACAUGGAGGACCCGCACUGGUGCCACGACAACUUCGUCAACUACCGGUCGCUCAAGUCGGCCGACAACGUGCGCCAGCAGCUGUCACGCAUCAUGGACCGGUUCAACAUGCCGCGCCGCUCCACUGACUUCACGUCGCGCGACUACUACAUCAACAUCAGGAAGGCGCUCGUCUCCGGCUUCUUCAUGCAGGUGGCGCACCUGGAGCGGACCGGCCACUACCUGACCUGUAAAGACAACCAGGUGGUGCAGCUGCACCCGUCCACCUGCCUCGACCACAAGCCCGAGUGGGUGCUCUACAACGAGUUCGUGCUCACCACCAAAAACUACAUCCGCACCGUCACCGACAUCAAAGCGGAGUGGCUGGUGAAGAUCGCGCCGCAGUACUACGACAUGGCCAACUUCCCGCAGUGCGAGGCCAAGCGGCAGCUGGAGCUGCUCAUCGCCAAGCUGGAGUCCAAGCAGUUCCAGCAGGGCUACUAGGCGGCGGCGGCGCGGAGCCCACCACAGGUGCCGUGACCCGUGCCGACCCCGCCGGGACGAGCCCCGGGCCCACAGACCGACACAGACAUUGAUACGUUCAUAGACAUUGUACGUGGGCCCGUGACCGCGCGCUGGCCGUCUUGCGUGUGCCGCCCGAGCGCCGACCAGACUGAUCGGUCGGCGGGGGGGGGGGCUGAUCGGAGCGGGGAGUGGGGGGGGGGGGGACUCAUCGGGACAGGAGCCGCUGCUCUCGGAGGGUCUCUGUCGCGUCCUCCCUCCGCCGGUCUACGCUCCGGCUGUGUGGCUUCGCCGCGCUCGUUUUAGGUUCACUUCAUACACGAUAUGUGCGGGCUGGCCGCUGUAUCUUCUAUGUUUUGCCUGCCUGGUGGGCGGAUAGCUGGCUCUAGUACCUGGGACAGUCGGUUCACCCCUCUCGGGCGCCGCGGGCCAGACGGGCACACCGAACUCACAACCAUCCACACACAGCGGGCGGUGCUCCGCCGCGCGCCUCUGACCCGGCGCGGCGCGGUGGCGGAACCUUCUGACGAGCUCUGCUGAAUACAUGUUCGUGAUCGGAGGAGA